UCUUGUUUGAACAAGGCAAAUAAAAAAACAUGGCGCGCUCCACAAAGACUAAAUUCUAAUAAAACGUUACUAGGUCAGCUAAGGUUUUCACACGUUUUGCUUGAAUUUUCCUCGAAGUGCAAGGUAUGUUGUUUGAGAACUGACGUAAACUAAAAGUAGGUCAUCGCAUCAAAUAUGUCUGACGACGAAGAUGUGCCCGUGGCCAAGAGGUCCAAAAUUCAUUAUGGAACUCUUGAGGCGAGGCUAAGAGAGGAGGAGAGCAAGGGGGCCAUUCAGGCUGGAAUUGAGUCUGGCAACAUCAGCAUUGCAUCAGGGGAGACGUUUGACCUCGAAGAGCAUGUAAGCGAACAGCGACUUGAGCUUCUCGCUGAAUUCGAAAGGAGAAAAAAGCUUCGACAAAUCACUGUAUCCACCGAUGACGCCCAAGUCAAGGCUCAGCUCAGGCAGAGAGGAGAGCCAAUAUGUAUAUUUGGGGAGGAUAAGGCAGACAGGAGGGAGCGUUUACGUCAGUUGCUGGCAAUGAUAGGGGACGACGAGUUAAUUCGACAGCAGGACGAAGAACUAGAACGAGAGAAGAAGAAAAAAGAGGAAGAGCAGACCACAUGGUACCACGAGGGACCGGACAGCCUCAAGAGGGCCAGACUAUGGAUUGCGGAAUACUCCUUACCAAGGGCAGAGAAGAGAAUACAAGAAGCCAAGCUGGCGAAGAACGUCCCAGAAUCCAAGAGGAAUGCUAAGACCCAGGAACUACACCGGCAUAUUAGGUCGCUUACAGCAAUAGCAAGCCAGAUUGGGGAUACGCGUCCUAUUUCUUACUGUCAGUUCAGUCCCAACUCUAAACUCCUAGCCACUUCAUCGUGGAGUGGACUCAUCAAGUUGUGGUCUGUCCCAGAGCUGAAAGAAAUCAGAACUCUCAGAGGGCACAACCACAAUGUCGGUGCCGUAGUGUUCCAUCCGCAAGCCACGUUAUCCUUAGAUGACGCUGCUUGCUGUAUGGCAUCCUGUGCUGCUGAUGGCAGUGUCAAGCUCUGGAAUCUACAGAGUGAUGAGCCAGUUGCAAACAUUGAGGGUCACGCUUCAAGAGUAGCACGUCUGGCUUAUCAUCCGUCAGGGAGGUUUCUGGGAACAACCUGUUUUGACAUGUCUUGGCGUCUUUGGGAUCUGGAAGCACAAGAGGAGAUUCUCCACCAAGAAGGGCACAGCAGGGCGGUGUACUCCAUUGCCUUCCAGGGUGAUGGCUCACUGUGUGCCACGGGUGGUAUGGAUGCGUUUGGGCGGGUCUGGGACCUGAGAACUGGCCGAUGCAUCAUGUUUCUGGAGGGCCACCUCAAGUCUGUCCUGGAUGUCAACUUCUCCCCAAACGGUUACCACCUAGCAACGGCAAGCGAAGACCACUCAGUCAAGAUGUGGGAUUUGAGGCAGCGCAAGUGUGUCUACACAAUACCAGCCCACAACAACAUAGUCUCGGGAGUCAAAUUUCAGGGAUCUUCAGGGGACUACCUAAUCAGCUGCUCAUAUGACAACACAGCAAAGGUCUGGGCCCACCCCGGCUGGUCCCCCCUGAUCACAUUAGCAGGCCAUGACAGUAAGAUCAUGGCCGUGGAUAUCUCCAACAAUCAGCAGUACAUUGCCACGGCAUCCUUUGACCGAACCUUCAAGCUGUGGGCAUCUGAGUAGGGUAAACCAUUGUGAGCCGUGUUCGGCUGCUUCUCAGUAACAAAGUGUUAGUUAAGAUUUGGGACUGCCUUGUUUUUCCAGGAUUUUGAGUAAGAUCUGUCUGAAAGUAUGCCAGACGAUAUAACCAGAAACCUACAGAGCAUGAUCAGGCCAAC